CGGAAGGCCCAAUGAACCACGUGACGAAAAGACCGGUCCGAGGCGGGCUUUGGAGGCGGAAGUUUCGAUGAUCGGAGAGCCGAGGCUGCGGGCUCCGGGCCCGCCUGGGCGGCGCUGAGGAAGCCGGAGCUUCGCGCAGAGUCUGCCAUGGCGGUCUCGAGAGGCGCCUGGCCGCUGCUGUGGGCGCUGCUAGCUCUGGCGUGGGCGGCGAAUCAGGAAACAGACGAAGAAAAUAACUUUCUGGAUAUCCGAUGUAAAUGCAUAUGUCCACCAUACAAAGACCAUGGUGGUAAAUAUUUAAGUAAAAAUAUUUCACAGAAGGAUUGUGAUUGUCUUCAUAUGGUGGAGCCUACUAUGUCAGUUCUAGGACAGGACAUUGAAGCCUAUUGCUUGCGUUGUGAAUGCAAGUAUGAGGAAAGAAGUUCAGAAAUAAUAAAAAUUACCAUCAUAAUAUAUUUGUGCAUCUUGGGUCUUCUGCUACUAUACAUGGUGUAUCUCACUAUGGUAGAACCAAUUCUGAAGAGACGUCUCUUUGGACAUUCACAGCUAAUACAGAAUGAUGAAGAUGUUGGGGAUCACCAGCCUUUUGCAAAUGCUCAUGAUGUGUUGGCACGUUCCCGAAGCCGGGCCAACAUGUUGAACAAAGUUGAAUAUGCCCAGCAGCGAUGGAAACUCCAAGUCCAAGAACAGCGUAAAUCUGUAUUUGAUCGCCAUGUUGUGCUCAGUUAAUAUGGCCAGUGACAUCUCCAAGAUAUUGGUUGAAAUGCGCUAAAAUAAAUCACUGACCUCUCCCUGAAAUGCCACACCAGGAAGUUUGUUUUUGCAUCUUACCAACAAAGAUAGCACAAAACACAAAUGGAAGAUCUGAAAAUCUUUUAAUAAGCCAAAAUCUCUGUACAUACUCAAUUGCUUUUACUAAUAAAACAUAAGCAAUUAUUUGCGUGAGCCUUAUAAAAUGAAGAGAAAAUUGCCUAUGGUUCUUAAAUAAGAUUUACAUGAAUUUGGAGAAGAAUGUGCAGCAUGUAUGUUACAAUGAUCUACAUAUGAAAUCUUUUGUAAAUACAUUGUUUUCUUAUCACCUGCUAUGUAUUGUACAUAUAACUAUCACUUCUAAAACUUUGAACUGUUAAAUUAUAUUUCUAUCAGCUUGUUAGCUUCUAUAAAUAUAAGGCAGGCCCUACAUGUACAGAGAUAAUUGGUAAGCUAGAGGCUUGACAUAUUAACUAACUAAAGAUGCAGACUUAGUGCAGUGUGCAAUUGGAAUUGGGACCUUCUACGUUGCUUGCUAAAAAUUCCGUGUGAUAUCUGCAAUUCAUGUAAAUUUCAAUAGUUGGUGAAUAAUUAUUUUUAAAAAUUAGCUUGAUAAUGGAAUGCAAAUAAAGUCUUCAGAAUAUUGGUA